UCCAUUUAUUAUUUAUUUCAACUUUCCACAUUCUCUCUCUCUCUCUAAAAUCCCUCCCUCCCUCCUUCAGUUUCAGGUCUUCCUCGUUUCGUCCUCCAUAUAAAUCGCUCGCCUAUCCUCUCUGUCGAAACUCUCUUUCUUUCUCAAUCAAAGCGACAUGUCGUCCUCGGGCGGCAACUCCGGCAGUGUUGGUGGCCCGAUCGCUCCUCCUCAGCUUUACUUUUGCCACCAGUGCGAUCGUACGGUUUCCCUCAACCCUCCACCUACCUCCGAUCUCGUUUGCCCUAUUUGCAGUGGUGGUUUCGUCGAAGAGAUGGAAACCCCUAACUCUAACCCUUUCCCCCCCAAUCCCUUCUUCUCCGUCCCCUCCUCCGACGCUCCUCCCUUCGCCUCCAGCGGCUUUCCCCUCCUCUUCUCCGCCCCCGGCCCUGGAAAUUUCUCCGACGAUCUCUCUGCCCUCUUCGGCGGCGCACCCGCACGCUCCUCGCCGUUUCAGGACCCCGACGCCUUCAACCCCUUUGUGUUCCUUCAAAACUAUUUGCAAACCCUAAGAGCGAAUGGUGCCAAUGUCCAGUUCGUGAUCGAUAACAACCCCGGCGCCGGGGGGGACCCGGCAGGUUUUCGCGUCCCCCACAAUCUUAAUCUCGGCGACUACUUCUUCGGCCCGGGCCUCGAGCAAUUGAUCCAGCAGCUCGCGGAGAACGACCCAAACCGGUACGGCACGCCACCCGCUUCGAAAUCCGCGGUGGAGGGCUUGCCGGUUGUGAAAAUCUCAAAGGAGUUGUUGGAUUCCGAUUCGUCCCAGUGCGCUGUGUGUAAGGACUCGUUCGAGCUCGGCGAGGAGGCCAAGCAGAUGCCCUGUAAGCACAUAUACCAUUCGGAUUGCAUUCUGCCUUGGCUGGAAUUGCACAACUCAUGUCCUGUUUGUCGCUACGAGUUGCCCACCGAUGAUACUGAUUACGAGCAGAGGCUUAGCGGGGCCCCCGCCAAUGCCAAUCGAGCUAAUCAAUCUGCGGCAGCUGGUGGGGUCAAUAUUUUUGCCGGAGUUGGUGGUGGGAGUGGGAGUGGGAGUGGGAGUGGGAUUGGGAUUGGGAUUGGUGCGCCAUCUCUAGACAAUCAGAGUCCAACUCCCCGAACGGUGGAGCGGAGAUUUACCAUCUCCUUGCCACGCCUUUUCAGGGUAUUUGGUGGUUCUGCUGAGACUAGUAAUAGUGGGAGUGGAAACAAUGAUGAGUCGAACUCGGGAAAUAGGGGAGGUCAUAACUCUGGAUCGGAGGAGCCUAGGCAUGAAGAUCUUGAUUAAACACAAAUGGUGCAAUGAGCAGCAUGGAUCUGCAACCAUUGUUGAACAAAGAAAGAUCUUAUACAUUAACAGUUAGUGACAGUUGCUUUUUAAAAUAUUUUGCCCUGAUAAUCAUAGGUAAAAUACUAUUGUUAAUGUCGUUGUUGCGAAUUCUUUUAUAGGUUCAUCAUCAUUUUGUGCGAAUUUGAUGUGCAUUAUCAGCGUUGUGUUGUGUCCUGUAAAAAAUUUCCAUUUGGGUACCAUGGUAAUUUUUGGAUGUCGUCUGUAAUACGUGUAUUACAUGGUCUUGUUUCUUCUUCUACUACAAGGGGGCUUAUUUGAGUUGA